UUCCCGGGGUCUGUGUCCCCUCCCGGGGUCCGUGUCGCUUCCCGGGGUCCCUGUCCCCCUCCGCGCCCCUCCCGGGGUCCGUGUCCCCCUCCCGGGUCUGUAUCUCCUCCCCGGGUCUGUGUCCCCUCCCGGCUCUGUGUCUCCUCCCGCCGCCCAGGGGAGGAGCGGAGCGGACAGAGGAGACCGCGCUCCCCGCCCCGCCAGGUGAGGUGCAGGUGAGGCGCGGCCGGGCCGCAGGAGCCGCUCCGGUGUCCGCAGCCCCGUAGCCGCAGCCCCGGCCAUGGCGUACCGGGAGCUGGUGCGGCGCUGGCACGAAGCCGUGMGGGCGGCGGACCGCGGGCACUGGGACGCUGCCCUGGAGACCUUCGGCGGCAUCGCGGAGCCCCCGGCCAGGAUCUGCUUCAACAUGGGCUGCGUGCAGCUGCUGGCCGGGCGGCCCGAGGCGGCCCUGAGGGCAUUUGACAAAACCAUUGCGAAGGAUAACUCCCUGGCUGUGGGCUACUUCCAGAGAGGGUUUGUCCACCUGCAGCUGGAAAUGUACGAAGAAGCUCUCUCUGACUAUCACAUGGCCUUCAGUCACCUAAGACAAAAUCCCUUCAUAGACUACAAGCAGUUGGGGUUGAGGCACAUCCUCUAUGCCUGGGAGGUGCUGUACAACACUGCAGCAGUGCAGUGCCACCUGCAGCAGUGGCAGGAGGCCAGAGUCACCCUGGAGAAGGCUGUUGUGUGGAGACCUGAGAGAAGAUCAGCAGUCCUGGAGCUGGCCCUUGAGCGGGUGCAGGACCGCCUGCUUUUAGAGCCCAUGCUGGUUCCUCUCGGGGAGCUAUUCAGACCACGRAAGAAGGAAGUUGAAGAGCUGGAUUCAAAAGAUUUCCUGGGCAAACCCAAGGUGAUCUCGUCCAUCAUUCCCAAUGAUGAGUACAUUGGCUUUGAGCCUCUCAGGCCUCAGAAACAKGGCUUCUAUGAACCCAGUACCGAUGCUCUUCGGGAUGCUGAGUCUGGGUACCACCGCACCGUGUCCCGCUUCUGCCCCGAGGAGCCGGCAGGGCUGGAGSUGGCAGCCGGGAGCCUGGUGUUUGUGCUGAGCAGAGCAGACGGCUGGGCCACGGUCAUCCACGAUGGGCAGAAGCUGSACAUCCCGAGCUCUCUACUGGAGCCUGCCUCAAGGAUGGACAAAUGGAAGAUCAGCACUGGGAUUCCCCUKCCUCCUGCCCAGGUGCCUCCCAGCCGUCUCCACGUGAAGCAGAAGCCAGAUCCUCCUGGGGGAGAAAUCGCCUCUGUCAAUGAUGCCAAUGCCCAGAUGGACUCCAAGAUGCUGCCAUGGCACGGGGAGGAGCGGCCGGCRGUGCUGCGGGUGUGCUGCGAGUGCUCGCUGGUGCUGCGGGCRGGCGAGGCCCCGGCGCUGCCGCUGCUGCGGGCGCUGCUGCGGGACCGCUUCGCUCAGCAGGCACAGCAGGGCACGCUCAGCUACAGGCUCCCGGAUGGCACAAAGAUGGGGACAGUGUCGGGAGAGGAGGACCUUGGGCAGAUGUGGCAGCAGCUGGUGGAUGGCAGGCUGACACUCUGCUGCCAGGACUCAGACUCCCACUUGRGCAGACCUGUUCUCUACCGGAUGCUGGCUCAGCACUCCUACCUGGCACAGGGUCCGGGAGACCUGGAGUUCAGCAAGGGAGAUGUGCUGGAUGUCCUCUCUGAAGUGAAUGAGGACUGGCUGGAAGGAUGCUGCAAUGGCAAGACUGGCAUCUUCCCCAARUGCUUUGCCACCCAGAGCAGCUGUGAUGCUGCCUUCCUAUAGCAAACAGGAGCCUUUUCCUGCCUGCCUGCWCCCCCAGGGGUGGGAGACACUGGUCCCAGCUCAUUGGGGCCCCAGCCAGCACAGCCAGGAGCUCUGCCAUACYUGGACAGGGGCUAUCUCCCACUUGCAGCUCCAUGGGGUUAGCUCCAGCCGUGAAGGCAUUUCCUACAGCCUUUUUACAGCAUUUUUACCUCAUGCUUACACUGCCAAGGACGUGUCUGUACAGAGCAGAGAGUAGGGAGARGGAUCUGGUGUUUGGGAAUUGUCCAUGGGGCAGCUCAGACUGCUGGGUAGGAAGAUGUUCCCCUGGGUGGGCGGAGGUGGAAGUCUUCAUCCCCUCUCCCUUGUUGCACACGUUUAGCCUGGGAAGGCUGAGCCUCACUGCCGAAGCUGAGGGAGGCUGCCUGGGAGAAGGGCCUGUUCCCCAGGCUCUUGGAUCACAGAACUUUAUCUCCAYCAGCCAGAGAUGCGCUUUCAAAAGGCUCGUGGAACCAGUUUGCAGUGGGAUUAAUGGGAUAACACCAUUAAGUUAGGACCACCAGGCUUCCACAGCAAAUGCCCUGCGGAUCAGACUAUUCUUUGGCCAGAUGUCUUGAGUACUUUGCUUAAGCCCUAAGUCCAAGGUGGGAUCUUGAAGCAAAAAGAAGAGGCAUUUGUAGAAUCCCCACUGCUCAGAGCAGGGCUGUGGGAGAGCCCUGGAGUCCCUGGGGAUAGGGCUGGCUGAGAAGUGAUGUGCUGGRCUGGUACUGCAAGGACUGAGCCCUGUCUGGUGCCUGCAGCUGAGCUGGGCUGGGCUCUACUGAUUUAAAUAAAAUACUCAAGUGCCUGGAGCUGGAACCUCUUCUGCAUUUGGURUCUUGACAAAGCUGGGCAGUGUAAUUUGAAUAUAAAAUAAACCCUGAGCCAGAGUU